GCGACCCAGUCGUCCCCUCCCAUCCCCCAUCUGCGCCGCUCCCAUCCCGAUCUGCGCCGCGCCGCUCCCCUCUCCUCCCCAUCCGCGCCGCGCCGCCCUCCGCUCCCCUCCUGCCGUCGGGACCAGCAAUGGUGCUCAUGAGCGCUGCGGCGACGGCCGCCGUGAUUUACGCGUACGGCAAGUCGGUCGCCUCGGUCGGGCUUGCUGCAGGGACCAGCGCCAGGGCGUUCUGGGUGAUCGGCGGUUUCACCAAGGUGCUGUGUCCGAUCUGCCACGAGCAUGUCAGGCAGAUGAAGUACGAGAGGCACACCAGAGAGCAUACGUUCGAGUGCCCCUCGUGCUACGACCAGGUCCCGUUCUCCGAGCUCGAGAACCAUGCACAGAGCCAUGGGUAUCGAUGCUCGGUGUGCUACCAGACCGUCCCGCUCGCCAACUUCGGCACUCACCUGGAUCUCCACAGGGAGGAGCUGGCCGGGAUCAGGCGGAUCAGAGACGAGGGCUACCAAACAAGGCUGGAGGACCUGGAGCGCGAAUGCCAGCAAAAGAUGGCGGACCUUGAGCGGGCGGAGGCUGCGUAUAUCGAGAAGAGAGAGCAAGCGAGACUGUUAUGGGAACACCUAAAGUCCAAUUGCCCUGCCUGCAAUGAAACCGUGCCCAUGCCCCAAAUGGAAUCACAUGUCCGAGAGCACAAGUACGUAGACGAGUGCAAAAUAAAAUGA